AUGCCACAAGAGGUGCAGAAUGUUCUACGGCUUUUGCCACCUAAACCAUACACCGACCGGGUGAAUAGCAAACCGCUCACACCCGAGUUCACUUGUCUUCUCAUCCGAGUCUGUGCUUGCUCGGCGCAGUACCUCACCACUGAGAUUCAGCAGAAGUUCGAGUCGGAGCUGGGUGAAUCGGUUCAGAGCCUUUCAGAAGCUUAUCAUCACGCCGCAAAGCAACUGAGCAAUACGAUUCCGCCUGGUAAAGGCGGCUUGGCUCAAGUCCAACAACUCUUUCUCACCGCAGCCUGGUUCAAAUCAGAAUCUUUCUUUGUUGAGUCCUGGCAUGCUUUAAGCACCUGUAUUCAUGAGGCACAGGAGUUGGGGAUGCACAAGUCUUCCCCAAGGUCGGGUCUAUCAGAGUUUGAUUUGGAGAUAAGACGACGUAUCUGGUGUCUUUUAUACUCAUGGGAUUGGUAA